AUAGCAUUAAACAAUAAGACACAACUUGGUACAAGUUAUCUAGUUCAUGGGAAAGUCAGCUUCAGGAUGAGUUAACAAGUAUAGCAACUUCCUCUUCCUCUUCAACAUCUCAGUGAGUUUGGUCAUUAGUAAAAGUUACAAACAAAAAAUCCAGUCCAAUCCUAACCAUCAUGCCACCGAAAAGGAAGAGGGAUAUCAGAGGGGAGAUGGUGUCGCCAUCCAGGGGCAGAGGGCACAAAAAGCCUCGCCAUGCUCCCAGGCAGCAAAGGUCUGGAGCCAGGAAUGAUCAUCCCCCCCACCAUGCCGAACCAGAGACUGCAGGGAGUGAUGCUUCACCCGACAGUGACUUGGGGGAAUUCGCACCACCAAUCAUUGUGGGGCAAAUUCCGACGGCUAGCACCGGCAGCAGAUCCAUGGCCAACACCGCUUCCCAAGAAUAUGUGGGAAAUUUAACAAGGGAGGCAAACAGACUUAUACAGGGUUCACUAUCAGCAAACACAUACAAAGCUUACCAGGGGGCUCUCACCAACUUCAAAAAAUUCCUGAAUAAUUGUGGGACCACAUUGUAUUUCCCCAUUCCUGUUGAUCAUUUGCUUAAUUUCAUUGCCCACCUUUCUAUUUCAGGUACAGCUUAUAGAACAGCUGCACUGUACAUUAGCGCAUUAUCAUAUAUCCAUAAAUUAAGAGGCAUACAAGAUAACACUCAAUCAUUCAUUGUCAAAAAAGCCUUGCAGGGUCUCCACAAAAAGAGAGGUAUCACUUUAGAUUCUCGAAUCCCAUUAACUAUAUCCAUCUUGGAGCAUGUAGUAUCAGCAUUGCCAUCAGUGUGUAGGUCAUCUUACGAGGCAGUUUAUUUUCCACACUUUUCUCAAUUGCAUAUCACGGCUUGCUUAGAGUAAGUGAAG